AUGGCGUCUUCCUCUCACCUCACCGAUAUACCUCAAGCAGUACGAAUAGCUGCCAGUAUAGAUCCCAGUGUGAAUGCUGAACUGAAGCAGCAAGCGAUAGAUUAUCUGACAAAGGUCAGACAGCUCUCACAGGAGACCUGGCAGGACUGCCUGGCACUCUAUCUUCAAGGUGCAGGUGCUGCUGGACCAUCCAACCCAGGCAAAGAUGGAAAGGAGAAAUUGGAAACAGACUUGAGGAUGUUCUGCGAGCAAGUGGUGGAUACGGCUUUGACUCAAAGUGAUAUACCAUCUGAGGCUCAGAAAGCCAUGUACACCGCGAUCAUCGAGUUUGUCGAGACUGAAUAUGUUCAAGGCCCUUGCGAAGGUGGUCAAGCAUUCCUUCGAAACAAGCUCGCUUUCACCAUCGCUCAUCUUUUCCUCAACUCUUAUCCCAUCACGAUCCCAACCUUCCUUCGUCCUCUUUUCGCCCUUCUGACACCAACAUCUUCCAACUUUCAUCCCGCGCUCCUCACUCUUCGUAUACUCACGGAAAUUGCUCAGGAAGUGCACGACGUCACACUUAGAAGUGCUCGAAAGUUUUCAAAAGAUAGGCAACAGCGCGAUGGAGAGGUCAGGGAUGUUAUCAGAUCCAGUGGCGAUGAACGCUUAGCGAUGGAAGGCAUGUUGGGCUUGGUGGAAAAGGGAUUAGACGCACUGGAACAGGGUGGAGAAGGAAAGUGGUUGGAUGUGGUGGAGACAGCUCUGAAAACAAUGGUCACUUGGACGCCCUGGGUGGACCUCGGGGUCAGCUUACAACCUAAUACCCUCUCCUUGUAUCAUCGACUUCUUCGUUCAAGCCACAUCCCUUUGCGGACUGCUUCAGCAAACGUAAUUAAAUCGCUCGCUGCCAAAGGUGUACAGGAUCCUCAAGCGAGGUUAGAAGUAUUGAGAGUCCUUGAUAUCGUCUCACUGAUAGAUCCGUUGGAAUCGGAAACGAGGGGAGUAAAAGAUAACGAGGAAGUGGUAGCUUUCCGGGCAGCUGUAGCGGGUGUCUUAGCUGCCUUCGGGACAGAGCUCAUCGCUUUCUCAGAAAAUGUAAAACCUUUACGGAAUGAGGCAGAGAGCAUGAUGACGCUUGGGCUUCCUCUCUUACUCCGAUUCUUGAGCGAUCGUCAAUAUGAAGUGCCCAUUGCCGUUGCCCCUUUCGCCUCGGAUCUGCUCAAAGUGUAUAAACGAAUCUAUAAACCUCCUGUUAUGCCUCCUCCCGCGAAAGCGGGACAGCCGCAACCUCCUGCACCCAGUCCUCCACCUCCCCUUACCCCUCAACGGCGUGAAUUCUUGGCUUCUAUGCUGGACAUCCUGAUUCGACAAUUAGCUUGGCCCGAAGAUGCCGAAUGGGAGGCUCCUGGUAAUGAGGAAGACUCAGAUGAUGAGAUGGCGUUAUUCCGAACAUUCAGGAUACAUUGUCGGGCCUACAUCGAGUCGAUUGCGCAGAUAGAAAAGGGACUACACACAGAAGUUGUAGCGAGGAUUGUGGUAGCUACACUGGAUGCGUUCCAAGCAGGUGGUCCAUCUGCUGUCCCUUGGCAACAGGCUGAAUUGGCGUUACAUUUGAUCUAUACUUUUGGAGAAUUAUCGAAGAGUGAUGGGCGUUCCACACCAACCAGCGAUAUAGCUGAGGCCGAGGUGGAUUACGGAACCGCCAAGGAAAACUUCGAUUACGAUCAAUAUCCGCUCUCCCCUCUUGGAGAAUUGCUCAAACGAUGUAUGGCUUCGGGUAUAUCCACCUAUCCUCAUCCCAGCGUAACCCUUCAAUACUUCGAAAUCUCAGUACGAUACGUGGAAUUCUGGAGGUACAAGCCGGAAGCGAUUCAACCGAUGUUCGAAGCAAUUUUGGAUAACAGGUGA